GAAUGUAGACUUUCACUGUUACAUAAACCCUGAUUCCUUGGCAAUACACAAUACUCGAAGCUCACUCACUUACUCACUGUUUUUGGCGCCGCUGCGUCUUCAUCGUUUCGAUAGCUCCGUUCAAAUCCCAAACAAUCGAAUCGGAGUGUGGAGGCAUGGACGACGUGUGCGAAGGCAAGGACUUCACGUUCCCGAAGCAGGAGGAGAAGAUUCUGGACUUCUGGUCCCAAAUCGAUGCGUUCCACACUCAGCUAGCCCUCACCAAGGACAAGCCGGAGUACAUCUUCUACGACGGCCCUCCCUUCGCCACCGGCCUCCCUCACUACGGCCACAUCCUCGCCGGCACCAUCAAGGACAUCGUCACGCGCUACCACUCCAUGACCGGCCACCACGUCACGCGCCGCUUCGGCUGGGACUGCCACGGCCUCCCCGUCGAGAACGAGAUCGACAAGAAGCUCGGCAUCAAGAAGCGCGAGGACGUCCUCAAGCUCGGAAUCGACAAGUACAACGAGGAGUGCCGCAGCAUCGUCACGCGCUACGUCACCGAGUGGGAGACCGUCAUCACGCGUACCGGAAGGUGGAUCGACUUCAAGAACGAUUACAAGACCAUGGACUUAAAGUUCAUGGAGUCCGUGUGGUGGGUUUUCGCGCAGUUGUACGCCAAAAACCUUGUCUAUAAAGGCUUCAAGGUCAUGCCGUAUAGCACUGGCUGCAAAACUCCGCUCUCUAAUUUCGAAGCUGGUCAGAAUUAUAAGGAUGUGUCUGAUCCAGAAGUAUUCAUGACGUUUCCAGUCGUGGGGGAUCCACAUGGUGCUUCCUUUGUAGCAUGGACGACAACUCCAUGGACUCUUCCUAGCAAUCUUGCUCUCUGCAUCAAUGACAAUUUUACCUAUGUGAAGGUUCGCAAUAAGUACUCGGGUAAAGUUUAUAUUGUUGCUGAAUCUCGUUUGUCUGCAAUUCAUAACCCUAAGGAGAAACCCAAAGAAGCUGUUGUUAAUAGUACAAAUGAUGCUCCUAAAAAUACAAAAGCAAAGAGCAAGGGAGCUUCGGGUGGAAAAACGGAAAAUGUGUUGGAUUCUUUUGAAGUGCUGGAGAAAUUCUCAGGAACAUCAUUAGUGGGGACAAAGUAUGAACCAUUAUUUAAUUAUUUCAUGGAGUUAUCCGAUACGGCUUUUAGAGUUGUUGCCGACAAUUAUGUUACUGAUGAUAGUGGUACUGGUGUUGUCCAUUGUGCCCCUGCUUUUGGUGAAGAUGAUUUCCGUGUUUGCAUUGAAAAUCAAAUUAUUAGCAAGGAUAAACUAAUUGUAGCUGUUGACGAUGAUGGAUGCUUUACUGAAAAAAUUACUGACUUUAGCGGGUGCUACAUCAAACAUGCUGACAAAGAUAUCAUUGAAGCUGUGAAGGCAAAGGGUAGGCUGGUUAAGUCUGGAGCUUUUACACAUUCUUACCCUUACUGCUGGAGAUCUGAUACCCCUCUCAUUUACAGAGCUGUUCCAAGUUGGUUUGUUAGGGUGGAGUUGUUGAAAGAGCAAUUGUUGGAAAACAAUAAGCAGACCUACUGGGUCCCUGAUUUUGUCAAGGACAAACGAUUUCACAAUUGGCUGGAAAAUGCAAGAGAUUGGGCAAUUAGUCGUAGUAGAUUUUGGGGGACACCUCUCCCUCUAUGGAUUAGUGAGGAUGAGAAGGAAAUAGUUGUUAUAGAUUCUGUUGCAAAACUUGAAAAGCUUUCAGGUGUAAAGGUGUUUGACCUUCACCGUCACAACAUUGAUCAUAUUACAAUUAAAUCUGACAGUGGCCGUGUACUUCGCCGUGUUGAUGAUGUGUUUGACUGCUGGUUUGAGAGUGGAUCCAUGCCCUAUGCAUAUAUCCAUUAUCCUUUUGAAAAUGUUGAGCUAUUUGAGAAGAAUUUUCCUGGCCAUUUUGUUGCUGAAGGGCUGGAUCAAACCCGUGGUUGGUUUUAUACACUUAUGGUGCUGGCUACUGCAUUAUUUGGCAAACCUGCAUUUAGGAAUCUAAUCUGCAAUGGACUUGUCCUGGCUGAAGAUGGGAAAAAGAUGAGUAAAAGCUUGAAGAAUUAUCCUUCACCAAUGGAAGUUAUUAAUGAUUAUGGAGCAGAUGCCUUGCGAUUGUACCUUAUCAACUCUCCUGUUGUGCGUGCUGAGCCACUUCGUUUUAAGAAGGAAGGAGUUUAUGGUGUUGUUAGGGAUGUUUUCCUUCCAUGGUAUAAUGCAUAUAGGUUCCUUGUUCAAAAUGCAAAGAGGCUUGAAAUUGAAGGUCUAGCACCUUUUGUCCCCAUUGAUCAGGCUACACUUCUGAAGUCAUCGAAUGUUCUUGAUCAGUGGAUUAACUCAGCCACUCAAAGCCUUGUUCAUUUUGUCAGACAAGAAAUGGAUGGUUACCGCCUUUACACGGUGGUUCCUUAUCUUCUGAAGUUUCUUGAUAACCUUACAAAUAUUUAUGUAAGGUUCAACCGUAAGAGACUUAAAGGUCGUUCUGGGGAAGAAGACUGCAGGAUAGCACUAUCAACUCUUUACAAUGUGCUUUUGUUAUCCUGUAAAGUGAUGGCUCCUUUUACACCUUUCUUCACUGAGGUGCUCUAUCAAAAUAUGAGAAAAGUUUGUAAUGGAUCAGAGGAAAGCAUACAUUAUUGCAGUUUUCCUACAGAAGAAGGAAAGAGGGGAGACCGAAUUGAGCAGAGUGUUUCUAGGAUGAUGACUAUAAUUGAUCUGGCCAGAAACAUCCGCGAGCGCCACAACAAGCCUCUUAAGGCUCCACUAAGGGAGAUGGUUAUAGUUCAUCCUGAUGCAGACUUCCUUGAUGACAUAAAUGGAAAAUUGAAGGAGUAUGUGCUGGAGGAACUCAAUGUACGAUCCCUUGUUCCAUGUAAUGAUACAUUGAAAUAUGCAUCUUUACGUGCCGAGCCUGAAUUCAGUGUUUUAGGUAAGAGACUAGGAAAAUCCAUGGGCAUUGUUGCCAAAGAGGUAAAAGCAAUGUCACAGGAAGAAAUUUUGGCUUUUGAGAAUGCUGGAGAAGUCACCAUUGCAAAUCACUGUCUGAAGCUGACUGAUAUUAAGGUUCUCCGUGAUUUUAAACGACCUGAUGGUUUGACUGAGAAUGAGGUUGAUGCUGCUGGAGAUGGUGAUGUUCUAGUUAUAUUGGACUUGCGCCCUGAUGAGUCAUUGUUUGAGGCUGGUGCUGCUCGAGAGAUUGUGAACAGGAUUCAGAAGUUACGGAAGAAAGUUGCUCUUGAGCCAACCGACAUGGUGGAGGUUUACUUUGAAUCAUUAGAUGAUGAAAAAUCAAUCUCUCAGAGAGUUUUGCAUUCACAGGAAACCUACAUCAGAGAUGCCAUUGGUUCUCAUUUGCUUCCACAUUCUCUGAUGCCUGAACAUGCAGUUAUCCUUGGCGAAGAGAGAUUCCACGGGAUAGCCAACAUGUCAUUUGGUAUCACAUUGACGAGACCUGCAUUGAUGUUUAACAUAGAAGCCAUUCAGUCACUGUUUACAGGUGAUGCAAAAUGUGCACAUAAUUUGCAAGCUUACCUGCUAUCGAGGGAUCAUUUGAAUUUGAAGUCUGAGUUUCAAGAAGGAAAUGGAAAGAAAAUUGUUGAUUCAAUUGAACAGCAACCUGCUGUGGAAGUGGUUCUUGGUGAGCACGUCUUUCUAACUGUGGGAGACUAUUACCUUGCCAGAAAAUCUGACUGAUUUCGUUGCAAGAGUUCCUUUUUGAUCUUUUAUCCAGUUUGCAAGAUUAGGAACACAGAAUAUACCCAGGCAUAUGUCUAAUUGUAACGGGUGAGAAAUUGACAAUCAUUAUUCUUUUUCUGUAUAGAGGAUCUCACAUCUUAUUUUGAAGACCAUAGUGCUUCUUUUACUUUUUGGCACACCCAAUUGGUCUUCGGCACAACUUGUUUAAUGUCUUUCUGUUUUGGAAGUCCGCAUACAUGCUGGCUAUUUGUGCCUACAUUGAAUUACCAGUUUCCUAGGCUAA